UUAAAGCAAAUGUAAUGUCUAUUUUUCUUCUUAAUUCUAAAAUAUAGCCAUAUACAUAAUACAAACUUCGCUGUUUUUAUAUAUUCAAUAAUUUUUCUACUAGAUUAUAUUUUAAACCAUUGCUUCGUAUUGUCUAGCUAAAAUGAUUGGUCAUUGGUUUUAAACUAAUAGGUUGUAUUUGUUUUUGUAUUAACAAUUAAUAUUAAAACCAUGUUUCUGUCUAGAAGAUUUGUACCUUUGUAUUUGAAAACUUUUAAAAAUGUUCCUAGUACAACACCAGUUAAAAAUAUUCAUAGAUGGGUAGCGCCUACUCUAAUACAGUUAAAAGUACGUGAAAAGAAACUCGGAGGAAAGAAAACAAAUCCCCGUAAUACGUUUUUGGAAUGGAACUUGGAGGCAGAAUUGUAUGCAUUUGGCAAGCGUCUGAAUGAAGAUUUUGAUUCAGAUUUGUUAUUACAAGCUUUCACUGAUAGGUCAUAUGUUAUUAAGGAAGAAAUGAAGCAAAAAGAAAUGGAAUUUGAUAUAAAAGUGAAGGACAACAGGGAACUAGCUGAACAAGGUGAAAAAUUUCUGAAUGAAUACAUCCAAAUGUACUUAGAAACAGCCCUACCAAAGUUUCCACUAGAAGGUAUAGCAGGAAUUAGAAGAUAUCUCACCACAGAAGAAUUACUUGCUCAUGUAUCACAGCAUAUUGGCACCAAGGAUAUCAUUCUAGCUGCGCAAUACCCUGUGGACGAGUCUAUUUUAGCAAAUACAUUUAAAGCUAUUGUGGGUGUUCUAUUAAACUCAUCGGGUGAAGAAAGGACUGCUCAUUUUGUGCGUGAUUUCAUUAUUACCCAGCUACAAGGAAAAGAUGUAAAUGAAUAUUGGCACAUAGAAGAUCCAUGGGCAAUGUUAAUUGGGAUGCUAAAGAAAGAUCAAACCAUAAUAGAACCAAGAUUAAUAGGCGAGACUGGUAAAGGCACGCUACUAGCUUGUUACAGAGUAGGAUUAUACAUUGAGAAGAGAAUAAUCUCUACCGGUUUUGGAGAAACAGUGGCGAUUGCUAAAGAAAUGGCUGCAAGAGAGGCCCUGAAAAAGUUAUUUGGCACUGAGGAUCAUAUGAAACCCAUUAAUUUCAAAAUAAAUGGAAUACCAAAGGCACAAUCCCACAAACGCUAUCAAAUAUCGGCCAGUUAAAUAUAAUAUUUAUGUAGUGUAGUUUAAGAAUUAUAAUAGUAUAACUAGCUGCCACAUUUUCAAUAAAACAAUAUAUU